AUGAACACGUGCCCGUUUGAUGCAUUAGCAAUAAUAAUAACUAUGGCAUAUACAGACUUAAAAACCUAUACAGCUUUUGUAGACUCUAGUGAAAACAACAUGUUAAGGUUUUGCAAAAGUCUUGCAUUAUAUGGACCAACCAAAAAAACAUUCACAGAUCGACUCAAAUUAUUAAAGCUGAUUUUUAAGAGCUCUGAUGAUAUUUCUCGUAUCAAAGUGAUUGAUGCUCAGUGUAAUGUAGCGUUCAUUGCAACGAAAUUAUUGGUAAACGCUAAAUCCGCAAUCGAAAAAAUACGGUGCACGACAGAUGGUUGUAAUAAUAAUAACAGAGAUAUUGAAAGCUCAACGUUAAUUUUAAGAUUUAAAAACGUUAAGAAUCUUCAAAAAUCAUUGGAUAAUUACACAAAGGAACAGGUUUAUGAAUGUUGUAACGAGACAAAAUUACCUACUUUCAUUUUUCUUAUUUUAACAUACAAUAAUAUACGCAAUAGCGCGUACGGUGAACAAAUAACGCGAACAGCCCACAACAGCGCUGAGAAACGACGCGCCACCAGUAAAUAA